UUCCAAGAAAUGUCACUUUGAAAAUUAUCUGUUAUAAUUGCUCAAAAUUCUUAGUGUUAUGUUAUAUUGCUUAGUACUUCCAGGGCCCAUACUUCUAAUAGGUCUUUGUUUAUUGUGCUUAUAUUGAGAAGAAAACACAGCUAGAAGGCAAACCUUCAAAAAUGGUCAUUGUCUACGCUUCUCUUGGUACGAUACUAAUAGCAACCUGCCUCUACUGCACAUUCAAAGCAUACUGCUUGUAAAAUUACGUUACCAAAGAAAGUUGAUCAUCCAAAAUGUCUAAAAAAAUACAACCCCCGAAAUCCAGACCUGGGUCAGCAGGUGCUCCAAGACCACGUUCGGCAGGGAUCAAACCCGUGGCCUCUAAAACCUCCUCUCUAAAGCCUCCAUCAUGCCCGAUGGCAGCGGAGAAGUUGAAGAAGCAAAAGAAGGAAAAACCAGCUGAAGCUGUGCCUAAAAUCUACGAGAAUCCAGCCUUCAGUAUUCCUCUGAAGAAAGUCGAAACCAAUCCUCUUCUGGCUGAUAAGGAUAAGAAGAAGACCAUCAGGAGGAAUAUACCGCAGGGUGAAGACACGAAGGGCAUUAAGAGCGUCCUGCAGGGUUUAAAGGAUUCGCCAGACGUGACAGUUGCGGAGUUCAUUGGGCUUGUGGCGCCCUACACCGGAGACAACGCUGAGGUCCUUCGGGCAGUACUCACCGACGACAUGAACUCCUUCAGGGCGAUGGCCCGCAAGAUCUACGACACCAUGACGCAAGACGUGAGCGACGUCCUCACCAACCAGCACAUCCAGCUGAGGGAGUACGAACAGGAACGUACCACCAUUUACACGGAAAAGAUGAUGCGCGCCAUAAACGAGAUCUUCGCCUACGCGCCCAACUUCGACUUCGAGGCCUACUAUGAGGACAAGAAGGGAUAUCUGAACCGGCUGUUCCCCGUGCCCAAACUGCUGGAGCCAGACUCGGACGAGGCAGAGAUGCACAGGAGGCAGCAGGCCUUCCACCGGCUGAACUGGCUCAGGACGGAAGGAGACAGGCUGUCGGCGGAGAACGAGAGGCUUCACCAGCGCCUCAAGGAGCUGAAACAUGAGCAGAUGGAGGAGAUAAAACAGGCGGAGGAGAGAGAGGCGGAAGCGGAAGCAAAGAGGAUAGAGCUGGAGGCGCAGGAGGCAGCCGUGCAGAAACAGUUGGAGGCGCUGACCGACAAGGUGGAGGAGACCAUGAUAGACACCGAGGCGGCCAUGAGAGUGGCCGUGGACGAGGCCAACAUAACGGCGCCGAAGAAGGCCGCUGCCAAAGGCCCCGUGAAGAGGAGGAUGAAGAAGAAACCGGCGUGGGUGUCGGACAACGCGGCGGAGAUAGAGGAGAAGGCGAUAGAAGAGAACCUCAUCGCCGACGGAGGUCAGGUCCAACCAGAGAAUUUGGCCGGGGUCAUCAAGAAGGUGCGUUCCAAAGCUUCGAAGACGAGGAUACAAAGACCCACGACUCCCGAAAAAGGACCCGCUCCUACCCAGGAGAAGUCUCCCUUCCACUUUUCGCCCAUCAAGACCCCGCCCUCUAGAGCUCCGCCUCAAACAGAGAAAUCGCCCUUCCACUACUCUCCGCCGCCAGAGGUCAGGGUGCAGGCGCCAGAAUCACCGGCACCGGCACCGAAGCCACCGCAACUGCACACGACAAGGCUGAGAACGGAGAAGGUGACGGUGAGGCAGAGGAGUCCGCAACCUAAAGCCUUUCUGGUUCCACCGGGAGGGGGCGGGGCCUCAGGUACUCCCCAUCGUUCCCUCCUAGAACCCGGAGGCGAUGACAUCACGCCCACCUACCAGAAGCUGCAGACAACCACGCCUCUUGCACCGAGGAAAGUGGGGGGUACUUUGCCCACUCAAAAACCUACACACAGCAAAAUUGCCAUGCCUCAAACUCCACGUCCUGUGGAGAGGAGAGGAAGAGCUGGACCGCCAAAAGAUACAUGGGGAGGCUUCGGUUGAGGAUUUUUACGAUAUCGGUCCAACUGUGAAUUUAUACGUUUGGUUCAAUAAACUCGUUCAAACAA